UGUCCAGGGUUACUGUGUGAAGAAUGGAAUUCACUGUGCAUUUGCUCAUGGUCAACAUGACCUCAGAUCACCAGCAUAUGAUAUAAGACACAAAUUUUGUAUUAGCUGGCUACAAGACAGAACAAUGUACCAAGCCACCCAGACUUUGCCGCCAGGGUUAUGCGGUGUCCACACUAUCACAACAGUCGAGAUAGACGACGAAGUCCCAGAAAAUUCAAUACAAGUCCACUCCUUGCCCCAGUGUAAAACAUGCAGAUGAAUGGGGUGAACCUUCAAGGUGUGAAAGUGGGGAUAGCUGUAAAUAUUGUCAUUCUCGUACAGAGCAGCAGUUUCAUCCUGAGAUAUAUAAAUCUACAAAGUGCAAUGACAUGCGCCAGACAGGUUACUGCCCACGUGGUCCAUUUUGUGCAUUUGCUCAUGUUGAAGAUUUGCUGUUCUUCAAGUCCAACUGUAAUGUCAAGUUCUGGUAGCAGUAGUUCUUUAUCACCCUUUGGGCCACUUUGUAGGCAGAGAUCGUUAGUAAAUGGCAUUUUAUGUUUCGAGUCUGGCACGUCAGGUGUUUCUUCACCAACAUAUAGCUAUCCAAAAGCACCAGGCUUUGAACGAGAAGAUCAGGCAAAGCAUCAAAGCUUCCUAGCUGAGUAUCAAGAGGAAAUAAAUGAACAAGACAACAAGCAGACUCAUCUCAGUGUUUUUCCAGUGGUUAAUCCACUUGCUUCAAGUACAGCUUCCAGUAUGGCCUCCAGUGUUGGAUCAGAUAGUUCAUCGGCUACAACUGUCUCUGCUAUCAAUGCCAAAGCUCUCUCAUUCUAUUCUGGCAGUAACACAGUUGAAUCAGUAAUAGGAUCUGCUUUAGAUUUGCAUUUUAAUGAUGUGAACAUCACAUCCAUAGAUAGAGAAAUCGAAGAUCAAGACGGCAGUGACCUUGGAUUGCCAAGUCAAAGAUUACUGGGAAGUUCAGCACCUGUCAGUAUACCAGGUUCUCUUGUUCGUUCCUCAUCUUUACAUUCAUUAUCAUCCCUUUCAACCUCUCCACUCAGUUCUCUUUCACAAUCGCUGUCUCAGUCCUUUGUAUCACCCACUACGGCUCCUCACCCUCAGCAGCCUCAGCCUUUGAAGAUAGAACAUAGCAUGUUAGGCACCUCAGCCUCUUCUCACAACUCUUUAGGUUUAAGUGGUGUUACGGGGAGCAUUUGGGACUUUGGGAGUUUCUCUUCUAGUCCAUCCCCAGUACUAAGCAGUGGCCUUACCCCCUCAAUAAGUUCAAACACCAGUGGGAAUGAACUGACUCAAAUUAGGCAGGAACUUGAUGAUGCCAAGAGAAAACUAAAGCACUGGGAAGAAUCCUGGCAACAAGUCAAACAGGCAUGUGAUGCAUGGCAAAAAGAGGCUCAAGAAGCAAAAGAACGUGCUGACAUCGCAGAUGCAGACAAACAACUUGCUCUUCAGAAGAAAGAGGAAGUGGAAAAUAAGUUAAAAAAGCUGAAGGUGCAAUUAGCUGUUUGUCUAUCUACUACAUUACCAUAUAUGAAAACCUGUGGAGAUACAGAGAAUAUAUCCUUGCCAAAGCUUCGUUCCUUACAAAAUCGGCUGCACUUGGAUUUGGAAAUAAUAGAUGAGGUGAUUGUUCAGCUUCAGUCAAAGAAAUGUAUCAUAUGUCUUGAAGGUGAUCGUAGCAUUAUCCUGAAUCCAUGUCAACAUUACGUACUUUGUGAUGACUGUGCAGCUACACAGGAAGAAUGUUCCUGCUGCAAGAAAAAGACCAAUCUGUGGUAACAUGCAGGUGUAGUACUCGUAUCAUGUUUAUGAGUUAAAUAAUUUUAUGAUUUUUUGUUUUGUAAAUGGAUUAUAUCACUCAUUUAAUAGUGUCAAGGGGAUUUCCAUUUUAAUUUGAGAAACGUAGUUCCUUUAGAGAACAUGACUUUCUCAGCUUUACAUAUAAACUUCAGUCUUGAAGUUCUUUUAUCCCCCCUUAAUCCCACCACAACCUUUUCUGACUUCCAGUUACAUACUUAGUGCACAAACUACUUCAGUUCCUUUGCACUGUAAUCACUUUGUAUAACUCUUGCCAUAAUGCCCGAAUUAAGUGUUUAUACCUGUUAUUUUAAUUAACAGAAGAUGGAUACAUAGAUGUAGUAGCUAGUAACUACACACUCAACAGUACAACUCAUCCUAUUGCCAUGUCUGUUGUGUGUGGAAUGCCAGAGACAGUAUUUUGGAAUCGGUCUAAUGCUGUCUUUACUUAGAUGUUUAUAAAACUCUGAUUAAUAUAAAGGUACUUUUCAGUUACUGUGUUUUGUUAGAAGAUAUGUUGUAAAUUGCUUCAAGCUGCUUUCUAGG